CGCAACACCAACACCACAUCUAAACAGUCCCAUGGAACGAGCGCAGCCCACCGCCACCGCUGCCGUCAAGAUCGACGAGAGUUCGACGCCCGCGGAAACCUUCCAACACAACCAAGUUCAAUGCAAUCUUUCUUCGCGGCGUGUCACGUUCACCACUGCCACGACGUACACGUUUAGCGUCUCGUACGGUGGCAGCGCGGUCCCAAAGACUACCGGCCCACCCAUUGGACUGGCGCCAACACACACGUCUUCGACGAGCAUCGAUCUCAGCAAGUCCAAACUUUGCCGUCGAGGCAGCGUACGCAAGUUCAACCACCUCGAGCGUAUUGGCUUACUCAAGGAAGCACAGUAUCAUGUCCAGGACAUUGCGGCAUUCUGCGUUGAGGCUUUGGCGAUUCGCAAGUCGCGCGCAGAUACCGUUAACGAAGUCCGGGCGGAGAAGAACGCGACCAAGCGCAUGCACGACGGGCACUUGGAAGACGACGUUAGAGUCCCACACAGGAGCGUCCGCCCGCGCAUGUGGAGCGGAAGUGCCGAAGUGGCAGCUGAAGCUUAGCUGAGAAUUCUACCAUAUUUAUUUAAUGAUUAAAGGGAUGGUAUGGCAGAUGUGAG